GAUUUACUGGACAAAACUGUGAAACAAAUAUUAAUGAUUGUUCACCUUCACCAUGUCCACUUGCAGCAACCUGUAUUGAUCAGGUUGAUGGUUUCUUCUGUCAAUGUCCGUUUAAUAUGACCGGUUUAAACUGUGAUAAAGUAAUUGAUGAAGAUUAUGAUUUCCAUUUCUAUGAUCCAAUACUGCCUGCAGCAGCAGCACUAUCUGUUCCAUUCAAAUUUACAUCAUCUGCUUUUACCAUUUCGCUAUGGGUUAAAUUUGACGCACCAUUAACACGUGGAAUUGUUUUAACCCUUUACAAUAGCAGAGAAAGCAAUUAUCCAUCAAAAAUAAGCGAAUUAUUACGAAUAUCAGCUGAUAAUAUACAUUUGAAUCUUUUACACGAUGAAACACCGUUGAAUCUUCAUUUUCCUCCAACACAACGAUUAAAUGAUGGUAAUUGGAAUAACUUAGUGAUAACAUGGCAAUCAGCUGAUGGUUCCUAUUCGUUGAUUUGGAAUGCUGUCCGAAUUUAUGCUGAUAUUGGCUAUGGUACUGGGAAAACAUUAG